UUGAAUCAAUCAAUCAAUCAAAUGAUAAGUAUAGAAAAAGAAAAAAAAAAGAAAUAUAUAUAUAUUUAGCGGUAGCAUAAAGCGUACAGUUCCCGUGUUUGAGAAGCGCACCAUUAUGAGACCGACUUGGGAAGGCGUCCGGUGGUGGCCCGUAACGUCGGUCGCCGUGCCUACGCGCCCCAUCAUCUGAUCUCAUCCCACCAAUUUCUUCCAGAACCUUCUCAUCUCUCCCAUGGCCGCCUCCGCCUUUCGAUAUACCUCUACUCCUAAUUCUCUUCCUUGACCGUGGCCUAGAUUCUUCAUCUCCUCUCCUCUUCGCGCCUGUAGCCAUGUCCGAUUCCGAGUCCUCAUCUCAGCCGCCGCGGCCCCGCAGCCUCUCCAUGCUUCUCCCCUUUCUUCUUGGCGUUGCGCAGAGCACCAACGGAUCGCACCUCAAUCAGAUCGUCGUUCUCGACCACGCUGCGCGGACGGUUGUGGUUUUCGAAGGCCAUGUUCUCGAUUCUCUUCUCCGCGACCUAUCGGAGAAGACCGGGCCCUUGCCGGCGUCCAAGGAUUCUAUCGACGCGAUGCCGAGGGUGCGGGUUACGGAAGUCGGGACGGAUUGUGCGAUCUGCUUGGACGGAUUCGAAGUCGGUGAGGAGGCCAGAGAGAUGCCUUGCAAACACAGGUACCAUUCGGAGUGUAUUGAGAAGUGGUUGGGGGUUCACGGGACGUGUCCGGUUUGUCGGUUCGCCAUGCCGGUGGGGAAGAAGAACGGCGGCGAUGAUGGUGAAGAUAUUGAAGGAGGAGAAGGCAGAGUAGUUGUGGUGAAUCUGUGGGUUAGCGACGGCGAUACAAUGGAUGAUGUUGAAUCGGUUUCGGGGAUUGGAUCAGAGGACUCCGAUUCGGAAUCGCAAGAUGGAAUGAUGAUCGAUGUUGAUGUCUCAUCAACGAGGGAUCCCAGUCCUGAAGAUUCUUCAUGAUUUUUCAUUUUCACCUUCUUCUUCUUCUUCCUAUUCUUCUAGUUUUUUUUUUUCUAUAGGCUUUUCUGGAAGUGCCAUUGGUUUAUUGUUUGCAGCAAAUCAUCACAACCUCGGCUUCAAAACUCAAAAUUAGGGCAAUAUGAUGAUUCUUUUUUUGUCUGUUUUUUCUUGGGAUUUGGAAAUUUUUGAAGUUGUAAAUAGUUAACCGAUUCAAGAAGUUCUAAUUUCAUUGGAAA